AUGGGGACCUGCGAGAGCACACCUGCCACAGGGACGGAGAUCAAGGUCGAGAAGCAUCCUGCCAUGACCGGCAUGCAGACUCGCACCGUGCAAAGGUUCGGGUGGAAGCCCGACAUGCCGGACCACCGCGACUUGCACGUGAAGUUUGGAGACGUCCAAGCCCCAAGCCAGAUCAAGAAGAAAGCGGAAGGGCAGAAGGAGCUCGUCGACCUCCGUCCGCAGAAUGGUGGCUUUCCCAUCUUCGACCAGGGGCAUCUCGGUAGCUGCACGGCAAACGCCUUGGCGGCUGCUUUCCACUUCACCCUUCACAAGAUGGAGGUGGAGAAUGGCAAGGACUUCGCCGACUUCACUCCGAGCCGCUUGUUCAUUUACUAUAACGAGCGCCUUGUGGAAGGCAGCGUGAACCAGGAUGCUGGGGCGAUGAUCCGUGAUGGCAUUAAGGUCAUGGCCAAGGUGGGUGUGUGUGCCCUGAGAGUGUUUGGAAGUACGACGAUGGCCCCGACUUCUUCAAGCAGCAGCCUGACUCCAAGUCCUACGAGAUCGCACAGAAAUGCAAGGUCAUUGGCUAUGCUCGUGUGGCACAAGAUCUCAGCCAGUUCAAGGCGUGCCUGA